AUGGCUCGUGGCAACUUCAGGGCCGCUCGAGCUACCAAACUCCAUCUGGUCUUGGGAUUUGUUGUUGAGAAGGGAGGUGAUAAUGGGGAGGUUCCUAAGUGGAUUUGUAUUGCCUAUGCUACUCUUGGCAGUCUAACAUGCUUGCUAGGUUUGCGAUCCCGAAGUCGAUCCCUUGGACCAUGGUGUGCUCUUACCCUUUCGUCACUGGCUAUUCUUUCAAAUGCCAUAUUUCAUACUAUUUGGGUUAUUAAGGGGGACGAUUGGAGUGUUGCUGAUGAUCAGUGGGUCAAGUUGGUUGGUUUCCGAAGUGUUCAGUCUUGGGGGUCGCCAUAUCUACUGUAUUUUUUGGUAGUCCAAGUAUUGGUAGCUUUUGUCGCAGUAAUUGAAAUCCACAGGAGUAGAUAUGAUCAGGAUCUAUGGAAAGGUUCUUGGUUGGGGCAUCUGCAUUCUCCAGAGAUAACUAUUGGCUUGAACAUUUUCCUUCUGUAUGUAUACCAACUUCCCAUCGAGGUUUCUGGGACGGUUCAAUGGGUUGCUGGUUUCAUUGGUCUCUAUAAAAUACCUGCACGACCAGAGCUGUCAGAAAUUUGUUCUGGCCUUUCACUUUUACUUUUCUACAUUAUGACACUACUGGUAGUUAACCUUAGAGGAAUCAGCGAAUAUGCAUGUUCCAGCACAUUGGAAUGCUCCCUCUGCCCUAAUGUGACCGAAAUCAAAGUGCCAUUCCUGCAUAGGGAAGGGGUGCCAAACUGGCAGGAGGCUGGCAGUACAUUGAUGAAUGAAGCUGUUACAAUCACUUCAGGUCAUUUGAUCAUAAUAGCUGAUUGCUAUGAUCUAGACCGAGCUUACUGUAACUGCGGAUUUGCAAGGCUGGAAUUGCUAAAUGGCUUGUUGCUUGUUUUCAUUCUCCUAUGGGCUACUAGCACCUAUAUCUUCAAUGUGGCAUUUACAGUCCUAAAUAAGAAAAUGCGGAAGGAUAUGGAAAUUUGGGAAACCAUUGGCUUAUGGCAUUACCCGAUUCCAGGAUUUUAUCUUCUCGCACAAUUUUGUCUUGGUGUCCUUGUUUCUUUGGUCAAUCUGGUGAACAAUUCUGUUUUCCUCUAUUUGUCUGAUGGGGAUAGGGAGCUUUUAAAUCAGGAUUUUGCAGUAGAAGAGAGUGAAGAAACCAAAGUAUUGAUUGUUGCUGCAAUAGCGUGGGGACUGCGCAAAAGCUCUCGUGCUAUAGCACUGAAAAAGAUAGCAUCAUUUCUCAGUGCAAUUGGACAAAAGUUUCUUUCAGUAUAUCGAUCAUGUGGAACCUCCAUUGCCUUUCUGACAAUUCUUCUUACUGUGUACCAAGUAAGGCCUAAUUUUAUUUCCUUUGGUUACCUGUUCUUCCUUCUACUAUGGGUGAUUGGAAGACAACUUGCGGGGAAGACAAAAAAGCGCCUUUGGUUACCUCUGAAAGUUUAUGCAGUUGUGGUGUUUAUUCUCAUUUAUGGCUUGAGUGUCUUCUCCAGUUUUCGGACAUUGUUGUCCAGGAUGGUUGAUGUUUCUUUUGCCUUUGCAUAUAAACCAGAAGCUUCCAUUUUUGGAAAUAUUUGGGAGUCCCUUGCUGUAUUGAUUGUGAUGCAACUUUAUAGUUAUGAGAGGAGGGAAAGCAAGAAUUCACAAUCACAUUACGUUGAUGCACCAAAAAAAUGUUCCCUUAAUUUUAUGAAACGUCUUCUAAUCUUGCACAGCGAGAAGAUACUAAGUCUUGCCCUUUUUUAUGCAUCUCUAUCCCCUAUAAGUGCGUUUGGUUUUCUAUAUCUUGUUGGCUUGGUUGCUUGUUCAACUUUACCCAAGUCUUCUAGGAUCCCUUCAAAACUGUUUGUUGCUUAUUCAGGACUUCUUGUGAUGAUUGAGUAUCUUUUCCAGUUAUUGAAUGACCAGGCUAAACUGUUCUCUGGUCAAAAGCAGUCUUCUCUGUUUCUUUUUCUUGGAUUGCGGCUCUACAAGCCUGGUUUCUGGGGUCUAGAAUCAGGCUUGAGAGGAAAGGUUUUGGUUAUUAUUUCAUGCAUACUUCAGUACAAUGUCUUCCGUUGGUUGGAAAUGAGGUCAUGCGAUUCUGGAAAUGUUGGAAAAGGGAACAAGCCUUGUGCUUUGUUUGGCACAUCAGAAGAGGUCCCAAGUGAAACAACAAUUCUAAACCCAGAAAGUAAACUAUCAACAACUACCAGCCCACUGUUAGAAAAAAGAAAAGAAGCAAGACGCAACUCAUGGCCAUCUCUUAGCACUUCUGUAUCUCAGGGGCCAGAUCCAACAUCCUAUGAAACAGGAGGCUUUGAAAGCUAUAACACACAAAAAUAUUUAUGGAUCUCUGAAACUUCCAGAGGUGGCCAUAAGUGGAACAGAAAGCGGAUUCGCGUCUUGAGAAAAGAGAGGCUUCACAUGCAGACCACCACUUUUAAAGUGUUUGUGAAGUUUUGGAUAGAGAAUAUGUUCAAUCUCUAUGGUCUUGAGAUUAACAUGAUUGCAUUACUUCUUGCCAGCUUUUCCGUGCUAAAUUUCGUCUCUUUGCUCUAUGUAGCAUCACUUGCUACUUGCAUUCUGUUACCUCGGCGUGUCAUACAAAAACUGUGGCCCAAAUUUGUGCUCUUAUUUGGUUCUGUUACAACCCUUGAGUACUUGGCAAGUUGGCAGACAUCUUGGAAGCAACAUGCCCUGGGUGAUGCGCCGGUGCCUUGCAAUGACUGUUGGAGAAGCUCUGAUAUUUACUUCAACCACUGCAAGAAAUGCUGGUUAGGAAUCUUGGUCGAUGAUCCUCGAAUGCUUAUCAGCUAUUAUCUAGUUUUCAUGCUUUCAUGUUUCAAAUUUCGUGCUGACCGCUUGUCCAGUCUCUCAGCUUCAGAGACAUACCAGAAAAUGAUGUCCCUUUACAAGCAUUCAUCACUGAGUGAUCUCUCUUUUGAAACAAAAUGCUUUUGGACAAUUCUUGAUUACCUAAGGCUUUAUAGUUAUUGCCACUUGCUAGAUCUUGUUCUUUCUUUGAUUUUAAUCACAGGAACACUUGAAUUUGACAUUCUGCACCUUGGAUAUCUUGGUUUUGCUCUGGUUUUUUUUCGUAUGAGGCUUGAAAUACUGCAGAGGAAGAAUGAAAUCUUCAAGUUCUUGCGGAUGUACAACUUGGCUCUUAUUGUCCUUUCUCUUGCGUAUCAAUCCCCGUUUGUUGGGGACUUUUGCGAGGGGGAUUGUGAAACAAUAGAUUACAUAAGUGAGGUGGUUGGAUUUCAUAAAUAUGAUUAUGGGUUCCGAAUUACUUCAAGAUCUGCCCUUGUUGAGAUUAUCAUAUUUAUGCUGGUAGCAUUACAGUCAUAUAUGUUUUCAGCCCAGGAUUUUGACCACGUAUCAAGGUAUCUUGAAGCAGAGCAGAUUGACACCAUAAUAAAUGAGCAAGAAAAGCGGGCUGCGUGGAAAACUGCACAAUUACACCAGAUACGUAAAUCCGAAGAGCAAAAGCGGUUGCGUAAUUUGCAAGUGGAAAAGAUGAAAUCGGAGAUGCUUAACCUUCGAACCCAACUUCACAGUAUAAAUACCUCCGCAAAUCGUGGUGACACUUCUCAAAAUGAAGGCAUUAGACGGAGGAGAAACAGUUCUCUAAAUACAGAUGCAGCUAAUAGCAUCCCGGAGAAGAUGGAAAUUGAUUUUAAGAAGCAGCCUGUUGACAUAAGUUCUGAUCUAAUAUUUUCUUUUGAUAUUGACGAGUCUCCUAGAAGUGAAAGAAUUGGAAGGUUGUUUGCAGUGAACUCCAGAAAUAAUUCAAUGGAUUUUUUUAGUGAGACCAUUGAGUUAAAUAAUAGUGCUGCUAGUUGUGAGUUCUUGGAUUCACGUAGAAGAGAUGAAGCAAGGUUCCAAGCGAAGAGAAACCCACUAAUCUCAGUAAAACAUCUAUUCAGUGAUGGUGUUUCUCAAGCAAAAUCUCUUGGUAAGAUGGCGGUCACCAACCUUGUGACUUUCUUUAACAUAAAACACGAAGAACCUGAUUUAAGUGACGAUUCCUCUGAUGGAGAUGUAUACUAUGAGAUAGAGAAUCAGAAUAUAGGGGGUGAGCCUAUUGAACGGACAUUUUCCACCCAAUCUGACAGUGUGCAGACCACUUCUGCAUACCUGCAAAUUCGAAUGAUCCUCUUUUACAUGUGGGCCCAAAUGCGAUCAAACAAUGAUGUUGUCUGUUACUGUUACUUCGUCCUAAUGUUUCUAUGGAACUUCAGUUUGUUGUCAAUGGUUUAUCCAGCUGCUCUCUUCUUGUAUGCACUUUGUGUAAAUACUGGGCCACACAGCAUGUUCUGGUUCAUUAUGUUGAUCUACACUGAGAUGUGCAUAUUGGUUCAGUACCUAUAUCAAAUCAUCAUCCAACAUUGUGGGUUCACCUUAAGCAUUAGUUUGCUUCAGGAAUUAGGAUUCCCUGCGCAUAAGAUCUUGUCAUCUUUUGUAAUCAGCAACUUGCCUCUUUUUUUGGUCUAUUUAUUUACUCUCCUACAAACCUCCAUAACUGCAAGAGACAGAACAGUUACUGAUGCCCGCUCUCGAAAGAGAAGAAACAAUUUCCAGGAAGUGGUUGUUCAGGGUUACACGGCGAGAGUACAAGCACUGCUUUUGUCUGCUAAAAAUGUUAUGAAACUGUUGAUUAGAAGUCUGUUCAGGUACUGGAAAUCUCUCACACAGGGAGCAGAAACUCCACCGUACUUUGUACAGCUGUCCAUGAAAGUUGAUUUGUGGCCUGAGGAUGGCAUUCAACCAGAGAGGAUCAAGUCAGGAAUAAAUAAGCUCCUCAAGGUCAUGCAUGAUAAAAGAUGCCAGGAGAAAGAUCAUUUGCACUCAGUCAGCGACGUCCGUGUUCAAAGCAUUGAAAGAAGUCCUGAAAAUGAUAAUGUCGCUCUGGCUGUUUUUGAGGUGUUAUGUGCCUCUCCCUUGAAAGGAUGCACCAAUGUAGAUCUUUACAAAUCACUAACUCCAGCAGCUGAUGUAGCCUAUGAGAUUCUAGAAGCUCAGCGUGCCGGUGUUGUCAAGGAAAUAAGGUUUCCUUAUCCAAUACUAUCAGUGAUUGGUGGAGGGAAAAAGGAUAUUGAUCUUUACGCCUAUAUAUUUUGUGCUGAUUUGGCUGUUUUCUUCUUGGUAGCCAUGUUCUACCAAUCAGUCAUAAAAAACAACAGCAUUGUUGAUAUUGCAUUGGAAUCCCAAGUUACUGUUUUAUCAAUUCUCCAUGUAGAUUCAAAGGUUAUUUUUUUCUUGAUUGUGCUUGAUCGUGUAAUAUACCUCUGUUCAUUUGCCACGGGAAAAGUCCUCUUUUAUCUUUUCAAUCUUGCCCUCUUCACAUACUCGGUGACAGAGUAUGCUUGGUACAAGGAGCCACAACAUAGACAUGCUGGAAGAUUAGCACUCCGUGCUAUUUAUUUCACAAAGGCAAUUUCUCUCGCUCUUCAGGCAAUACAAAUACGAUUUGGAGUUCCACAUGAAAGCACUUUGUAUAGACAGUUUUUGACAAGUAGUAUCUCACAAAUCAACUAUAUGGGCUUCCGAGUUUAUCGUGCUCUGCCAUUCCUUUAUGAAUUACGAUGUGUGCUUGAUUGGUCAUGCACGACUACAUCUUUGACCAUGUAUGACUGGUUGAAGUUAGAAGAUAUUCACGCAAGCUUGUUUCUUGUCAAAUGUGAUGCGAAUCUGAAUAGAGCAAAACACCGACAAGGAGAAAGGCAACCGAAAUGGACAAAAUUCUGCAAUGGGAUAUGCUUAUUUUUUGUAUUGCUGUGUGUUAUAUGGGCUCCGAUGUUGAUGUACAGCAGUGGUAACCCCACUAACAUUGCUAACCCUAUCAAAGAUGCAAGCAUUCACAUUGAUAUAAAGACACUUAGUGGAAGGCUUACACUAUUUGAGACAACUUUAUGUGAAAAGAUCUCGUGGGAUGAAAUUAAUUCACAUGAUGAUUUGGAUCCUCAAGGCUAUUUAAGCACAUAUAACGAGAAAGACAUCCAACUCAUAUGCUGCCAAGCUGAUGCUAGCACGUUGUGGCAUGUCCCCCCUGUGGUCCAGGCCAGAUAUAUGAGAUCUCUUAGGUCGAGCAUGGAUAUCAUCUUUUCUUGGCAAUUAACCAGGGAUAGGCCUAAAGGAAAGGAAGUCGUGAGAUACGAAUUGAUUGUUCAAGAUGAGGACCUUCCAACAUAUUCACAAGUAAUGGAAGUGCUAAAUGGCACUACCAAUAACUUCACAAUAUUUAAUGUUUAUCCAAGAUACUUUCGUGUCACUGGAUCUGGUGAAGUUCGGUUGCUUGUACAGUCGGUAGAUCUUGUCAGUGGGGAUCUUGUUCUUAAUCGUGGGAAUCCAGAAUGGUGGUCUUUCCAUGAUAUUGAUUUGUCAUCUGGAUGUGGCCAGUUUGGAGGACCUAUGGCUAUUAUUGUAUCUGAGGAAACGCCACUUGGCCGGUUUAUCAGACUGCAGUGCGCUGACCUGAGAAUGAGAAUACCAUUCGAGAAUCUUCCUUCAUGUGACAGGUUGAUGGCGAUAUGCGAGGAUAUUUAUGCUGCAAGAGCAGAGGGUGAGCUUGAAGUCGAGGAGGUUCUUUAUUGGACACUGGUGAAAAUUUAUCGGUCUCCGCAUAUGUUGCUUGAAUACACCAAUCCUGACUAG